UUGGGACUUGCUCGGUGCCAAUUCAUAUUCGUUCCCUUCUAUCUAGACCUUUUUGGUACUCAUUUCAAUGUAGAAUUGUAGGCUUAUACAAUAUUUACUUAGCAUACGUGAAAAUAGUGGGCGGAAUACCUGAACAAGAAAUUGGGAGAACGUGGGUGGUCUUUUUUUUUUUUUUUACCUUCUGUGCAUAUAUUAUUGAGCAAUGGCAUUGCAAGCAUCCCCAAAACAACUUUUGUUCAAUUGAGUUUCCGCCCACACAGACACAGCACGAUGCAUCUUAAUUUCGUGUCAUCCUCAUUGACAAGUCAGAACAAUGGUGAGCUCAUCGCGGGCGAACGGCCGCUCUGUGAAACAAGCACGCAAUGAAGUGCGCUCAUCGAAGAGGACAGAUGGAUAGUCUCGUUCAGCCACUUGUUGCCCAGUAUCUGGCUAUGGGAUAUCAAUCUAAGGAAAAUAACCAACAUGGAAAUACAGUAGGAAUGACUGGGAAGGAAAAAGAACAUCCACACCUCUCUCCUGGAUGUGCCUCCAGGUCCAGGGCUUCUCCUCCUGCUCGCCCUCCCAAGUUCCUCAAGCCCAGCCUGUCCCAGGUGACCCAGGGGAAGGUGAUGAUGUCUCUGGGAAAUGUCACCAAGGGAGCCAGCUGGGAGGAACUCAUCCAGGCCUGUCUUCAGACCUUUGACUCGGAGGGCUGUGUGUGUGGGAGCAGCCAUCUGAUGAACAUCACCCUGACCAUGCACCGGCUUCUCAUGUCCUCCAGCGAUCUCCUGCAGAAACUCUCCACCCUAUUUAAAACGGCCGUGGAUAAUGAACAGUCUACAGAUUGCCAGAAGAUCUGCUACCUCAUCAAGUACUGGAUCAGGGAGUUCUGGACGAUGUUUCGGCUCCACACCAGCCUGUCCGACACACUGGAGGAGUUCCAGGAGCUGCUUAGAGAGCGCGGUCAGGAGAGGCUGUGUCCCCUGCUGGAGACCAAAUGGAUAAAUGAGAGGGACUGGUCGUGGAAGGCCAGUCAGAAGAUCAAGGCCAACAGCAGUAAGAAGAGAAAAGUCUCUCUGCUGUUUGACCACCUGGAGCCGAUCGAGCUAGCAGAGCACCUCACCUUCCUGGAGUUCAAGUCCUUCUGCAGGAUAUCAUUUGGAGACUACCAGACUUACAUCCGAAGCUGCUGCAUGAAGGACAUUCCUAUGAUGGAACGCUCCAUCGCGCUGUGUAAUGGUGUCUCCCAGUGGGUGCAGCUCAUGGUCCUGAGCCGGCCUACAUCCCAGCUGAGAGCUGAAGUCUUCACCAAGUUCAUCCAAGUGGCUCAGAUCCUCCAUCUGAUGCACAACUUCAACACCCUGAUGGCCGUGGUGGGGGGCUUGUGUCACAGCUCCAUCUCCAGACUGAAGGAGACCAGCUCCCACGUCCCCAACGAGCUCUCCAAGGCGCUGAACGAGAUGACAGACCUGCUGUCGUCCUGUAGGAACUACGACAACUAUCGGCAGGCCUACAGCCGAUGUGCUGGCUUCAAGAUCCCAAUCCUGGGAGUGCACCUGAAGGACCUCAUCUCCGUCAACGAGGCAAUGCCGGACUACGUGGAGGAGGAGAAGGUGAACGUCCAGAAGAUGCAGGCGCUCUACAACCACAUCACCGAGCUGAUCCAGCUGCAGCAGGUGCCUCCACGGCUGGAUACCAACAAAGACCUGGUUCACCUACUCACGCUGUCGUUGGACCUGUACUACACUGAAGAUGAGAUAUACGAGCUGUCGUACGCCAGAGAAUCCCGGAACAGCAAAGCACCCCCAGCCACCCCCUCUAGACCUCCUGUGGUGGUGGACUGGGCACCAGGGGUCGCCCCCAAACCAGACCCCCGAACCAUCAGCAAGCACGUUCAGAGGAUGGUGGAUUCUGUGUUUAAAAACUAUGACCAUGACCAGAAUGGCUUCAUCUCUCACGAGGACUUUGAGAAAAUCGCUGCUAGCUUUCCCUUCUCCUUCUGUGUUAUGGACAAAGAAAAGGAGGGCCUCAUUAGCAGAGAGGAGAUCACGGCAUAUUUCAUGCGGGCGAGUGUCAUCUGCUCCAAGCUGGGACUGGGAUUUGUACACAACUUCCAGGAGACCACCUACAUGAAGCCCACCUUCUGUGACAACUGCUCCGGAUUCUUGUGGGGAGUCAUCAAACAGGGCUACAGAUGCAGAGACUGUGGGAUGAACUGCCACAAGCUGUGUAAGGACCAGGUGGCGUUCGAGUGUAAGAAGAAUGCCAAAGGACACAAUCCCACCGACAGUCCAAUACCAGGAUCUACAGCCACCGCUACCGGCCUUUCAGAAGGCUCGGAGGAGAGCUCUUUCCUGUAUCCUCCAGACGAGUCCAAGGACUGGAGCCCAGAAUCUCCCGCCCGCCACCCCCUGAGACGGCCCCCUGCGCUGGCCAGGUCCGCGGGGGUGGACCGCACCACCCAGACAGAGGGGAACCUCGCCCAAGACACCAGCCGCCCCCAGACCACCCUCCUGGCCCCGGUCUCCGCCUCCCUCACCCCCUGCCCCAGCCCGGUGCCCACCCUCCUGGCCCCAGCCCCCGCCUCCCUCACCCCCUGCCCCAGCCCGGUGCCCACCCUCCUGGCCCCAGCCCCCGCCUCCCUCACCCCCUGCCCCAGCCCGGUGCCCACCCUCCUGGCCCCAGCCCCCGCCUCCCUCACCCCCUGCCCCAGCCCGGUGCCCACCCGCAAGCAGCGCUACUUUGCCCUCUGGGAGAACCGAGACUCAACGGGGACCAAGCCCAAGGAGCCGGACGAGGAGACCAAACCCACCUGCCAACUCCUGGAAAACGAAAACCAGAAGCUUCAGAGCAGCAACGAGAGCCUUCGCAGAAAACUGCGGGAGACGGAACGGGAGGUGGAGGUCCUGAAGAUGCUUCUGAAGAGGCAUGCCCUGCACCUGGUGGACGAGGACUCGUCCUCCUAGCCCGGCACGCCCCUGCGAGGGCCCGACAGCCCCCCUGUACGACAGCCCCCCGUACGACAGCCCCUCGUACGACAGCCCCCCGUACGACAGCCCCCCGUACGACAGCCCCCCGUACGACAGCCCCCCGUACGACAGCCCCCCGUACGACAACCCCCCGUACGGCAGCCCCCCGUACGACAGCCCCCCGUACGACAACCCCCCGUACGGCAGCCCCCCGUACGACAGCCCCCCGUACGACAACCCCCCGUACGGCAGCCCUCCGUACGACAGCCCCCCGUACGACAGCCCCCCGUACGACAGCCCCCCGUACGGCAGCCCCCCGUACGACACCACCGAUGGAGCUCCGCCCCAUGCCUUGUUAGGGACUCAGGACUCACACUCUGCCCUGCCUCACAGCCACUCACAGAGACCAGAGACACCUGGGCCUCGUACAGUCACAGCCGUCAUUGUACACACAACUACAGUACUUCAGAACGAAUGCCAUAGACGAUUAGUAUGAAUAUGAGAGAAGUAUUGUGGGUUUACGGUAAGAUGUCAGGUGUAUAGUAAUGCAAAUGUACUGUCGUUCCGUGACAAGUUUAGGAGCUAGCUUGCAGUAUUACUGUUUAUAUUUAUUGUUAAAACACUACACUUUUCAGUCAUCCAGACAAGAAGGAUAUGGCCAUUUUUAUUUUACCCUGCUUUAUGCGUUUGAUUGUUGAAGCCUUAUGUAUUUGGGUUGUGGUGCAUUACACUUUAGAGACCAACUUGAUGUUUUUGUACAAAAAUAAUUUUAAAUCAGUUUUAUGAUGUAUCCAUAUUUCGUUCUUUAAGUAUGGUCCAUAGUAUCUCGUACAACUGUAAUGUACGGUAUAUUCAAUGGAUUUGUCUCCUAUUGAAACCUUAAUGUAAAUGAAGGCCAUUAUAUUUUGUGUGAUGGAGCUAUCUCAA